UACAAACUUUUGUCAGUGCAGUUAUCAUUCCUAAUUCAACUAAAAAUCAUUAAAAUGGACAAUAGCUCUCGUAAUCUGAGCAGAAAAGUGAGUAUGAAUUAAUACUUUGUGACGUGUGUGAAAAGCUGUUCAGUCAAAGCAGCAAUCUAAUGACCCACCGGAAGACGCACAUGGCAGAGAAACCGUUCCCGUGUGACGUGUGCGACAAGUGGUUCAAAACUAGCAAUCAUCUGACGGUACACCGGCGGACGCACACUGGAGAGAAACCGUUCCCAUGCGAUGUGUGUGACAAGUGGUUCAACACUAACUCUGAGCUGAUGGUACACCGGCGGACACACACAGGAGAAAAACCGUUCCCGUGCGAUGUGUGUGAAAAGUCGUUCAGUCAAAAGAGUAAUUUGAUGGUACACUGGCGGACACACACUGGAGAUAAACCGUUCCCAUGCGAUGUGUGUGACAAGUGGUUCAACACUAACUCUGAGCUGACGGUACACCGGAGGACACACACGGGGGAGAAACCAUUCCCGUGCAAUGCGUGUGACAAGUGGUUUAAAACUAUCUAUGAAAUGACAGUCCACCUGAGGACUCACACGGGAGACAAACCAUUCCAGUGUGAUGUGUGUGAAAAGUCGUUUACUCAAAAUUGCAAUCUAAUGGCCCACCGGAGGACGCACACGGGAGAGAAACCAUUCCCGUGCGAUGUGUGUGAAAAGUCGUUCAGUCAAAAGGGUAUUUUGAUGGUACACCAGAGGACGCACACGGGAGAGAAACCGUUCCCAUGUGACGUGUGUGACAAGUGGUUCAAAACUAGCAAUCAUCUGACGGUACACCGGCGGACGCACACUGGAGAGAAACCGUUCCCAUGCGAUGUAUGUGACAAGUGGUUCAACACUAACUCUGAGCUGACGGUACACCGGAGGACUCACACGGGAGACAAACCAUUCCAGUGUGAUGUGUGUGAAAAGUCGUUUACUCAAAGCUGCAAUCUAAUGGCCCACCGGAGGACGCACACGGGAGAGAAACCGUUCCCAUGUGACGUGUGUGACAAGUGGUUCAAAACUAGCAAUCAUCUGACGGUACACCGGCGGACGCACACUGGAGAGAAACCAUUCCCGUGCGAUGUGUGUGACAAGUGGUUUAAAACUAUCUGUGAAAUGACAGUCCACCUGAGGACUCACACGGGAGACAAACCAUUCCAGUGUGAUGUGUGUGAAAAGUCGUUUACUCAAAGCUGCAAUCUAAUGGCCCACCGGAGGACGCACACGGGAGAGAAACCGUUCCCAUGUGACGUGUGUGACAAGUGGUUCAACACUAACUCUGCGCUGACUGUACACCAGAGGACACACACGGGAGAGAAACCAUUCCAGUGUGAUGUGUGUGAAAAGUCGUUUACUCAAAGCUGCAAUCUAAUGGCCCACCUGAGGACCCACACGGGAGAGAAACUGUUCCAGUGUGAAGUGUGUGAAAAGUUGUUCAGUCGAAACUGUAAUCUAACUGUACACCGGAGUAGGCACACAUAAGAUAAACCUUUCCUGUUUAACGUGUUUGAAAAGUAAUUAAAAACUUAAUAUGACCUGACUGUACAUUGGAGGAUUCACGCCCGCAAGAUCCGAGAUCUUAGAUUGAUAAAUUAACAACUAGAUCGUCGUCAAUCUUAAUCUUCUAUCAUUUACUUUUCGAAAAAUGAUUUUUCCUUUGUUUAAAGCAUAUAGCUUAUAUUUUGCUCAUUUGAUAACAAUUCUGACAGUCAUAAAUAUUAUAUUAUAAUUUAAAACAGUAAUUCAUUAAUAUUUGCCAUUCGUUAUAACUAUACUCUGGCCCACGAGAGUCCAUACGUACUGACGUACGCGAUGUCUACCGACCAAAUUGUCUCCCACCAUAGUGCCAUUCCCACCACUCGGCAAAGUGAAUACGACGGGUCAUAAAAACAAAGCUCAUUAAUUGCCUUUUGCGGGUGUUAUGUGAUUCUCCAUAUUAAAUAAAAAAAAAUCGCAAAAAUCUCGUAAAAAUAUACGUUUACGUA